AUGGGAGCAACCGGUUCCGGCAAGACGACGCUCAUCAAUGGCAUGAUCAACUACAUUUUCAACGUGCAAUGGGAGGAUACCUUCCGCUUCCAGCUGAUUCAAGAACAGACGGCCGGCCGCUCCCAAGUUGACAGCCAGACCAGCCGCAUCACGGCCUACGACAUCAAUCACGCGGUCGCUGGCCAUGACAGAAGACUUCCACCAACUUGGAUCACUUCAGUAGUCGCUUCCGUCCGCUGUGGCUGUAGUCAUUCACCACGGGAUUAUGCAUUGCCCAGCAUUAAACUGCAAGGAACUCCAUCAGCAGCUCUAAGAAGAUCUAGCCGGACUAAAUUACCCAUCAGCCCAUCUCCAAACGACGUGUCACUUUCCGCAGGACGUACCACGCGAUCACAGAUCAAUCCUGACAUAAUCGCAAAGCAAAAGUCUUUCAUGCAUAAAUACCAAAUUGCUGUCAAAAGCUCUAUGGACUCGUAUGUUCGAAGUGCAACUAGCGAAGUUGAACAGGUUAAAGUGGAAACACAAGCCACAAAGCGCAAAUGGGAGGAUACAGGAGGGACAGAUGCCGUGCAUUCUCCUCAUAGUUCUCCAAUUCAAGAGAAAAGAAACAAAAAGUAA